AUGGUGUCAGAAUUCAAUGAUCCUUUCAUUAUGUUGAGAAAGAUAUUUUUCAAUAAUAGCAUUAAUGACAAAAUAACAAAAUUUUUUAAUGUUUUGCUUAUUAUAAUUUAUUCACUGGUUCACUCUUUACAAAUAUACUACAUGUACAAAAAUUUUAGCAUGAAUCUGUUAGUUAGGUAUAGUCCAACAACACUAUUUGUCCUAUUUGCUAUUGUCACAACAGUUUUUUCUGUGGCUUUCGAAAAGAAAAUUUUUGAAAUGUCAACAAUUCUUGACCAACUUUGUUGGCCUCUUAGUAUGAUACAGAAGAAGGCUCAAAUAAAGAUCGAGAGAAAAUGUCAGAUCAUAAAUAUCUUUACAUCAAUCGUUUCGCUAGUUUUUUUAAGUUCUACAAUUGUCAACUCUCCAUGGUUUGGAAGUCAGAAAGACUUUUUUAUUUGUUUUAUAGUUUUUGAGGAAUAUUUUGGCGAAUGGUCGUUUAUUCCUUACUAUUGUUAUUUCGUUGGAAUUACAUUUUUAUAUUAUCAUUUUUUAAGAGCGUGCUUUCUUUUUGUUUAUGGAUUUUUAGAAGUACAGUUACAAUUUUUUCUAAUUGAAGAAUAUUUGUCCCAAAUAUAUGAGAUUGACGAUGAAAAAAAUUGGGAUUAUUUACAAGACAUUCGGUAUCAAGAAGGAAUUGGGAAAUCAUUACGGCUUUGUAUUAAGCACCACAAUGAUUUAAAAAAGUUGGUAAAAAUGAUUGUGAAUAUUGUAUUGAAAGGUUUGCCGUUGUUUGUGCUCUUUGGGAUACUUCUUCUUAUUAGUAGUAUGGCGUUCAUCAUAAAUUUUGCGGACACAAUGACCAAUAUUAUAAAAAUACGAAUUUACUCGUAUCUUGCAAGUAAUUUAUGCAUCAGUAUUUUGUUGUGUUGGAUUGGUCAACAAUUGAUAAAUGUGUCGAGUAAUAUUUUUUUUACUUUGGCUGAAGCUCCUUGGUACUUUUGGAAUCGUGACAAUCGUAUAAUUUUUUUGAUUUUUAUGACGAAUUGUAUCAAAAAUGAAAGUAUUGUUUUGGCUGGGAUAUGUGUAGAUUACCAACUUAUUGUUUCGGUGUUGCGAACCUCCGCCUCAUAUGUUUUAGUUUUCUAUAAUCUUCGCAAAAAUGGUCUUGUUUAA